CAAACAUUCGGCAACACCACCCCACGCCCAUCCAGCACCUUCAUGGCCUUUGGUUAGCUGACACUCUACUCGCGCACCGCAGCGCAACCAUGGCCCCCAUCCAAUCCCCCGAGUUCGACCUGGGCAAGUGCCUCAAAGGCGAGCAGCAGCUUGUAACCUGGGAUAUCGCAUAUCGCGCCCUCUGCGACCCCGAAACCGCGUCUAAAAGCGAAGCCCUACGCGCCUUCCUCACCUCCACCGAUAACAAAGAUAUCCUCAGCCACCCAUGGAAGCCCUUCGCCGACCCGUCGUCGCAAGAGAAGAGCAAGUUCGAGACCAACACAGCGCCCAUCAAGAUCACACCGCCCCAGAGCGAGCACUACAAUGUAGAAGAAAUAAAGGAAGACAGUCUGUGGCUGGCCAAAGAGGCGCAAAUAUCAGAAUAUGCAGCGCUGCAAUUGGUUGUCCAAGAGUGGCAGGGCAGGCCGACUGCACAACUGUUGAGUGGACUCACCGAAGAGGAGGCCCUCAGCGUGCAGGAAGCCGCUGGAAUGGGAAACCUAGGAGCCUCGACUUUCGUCCCGAACUCAUCCAUCCUAGCCUCACCGCUCGCCUCCAAGACGGCGCAUCUCGACGCAAAGGACCAGCGUCGCCUCCACAUUCUCGACGUCUACCAUUCUACAUGCGCUUCCAUCAUCCGAAUAAGCCAGCUUCUCGUUUCAUGGGGUUGCGCAUCAAACUUGCGUAGCCAGACCAUCUACGGUAACGACUACCUUAGCAUUGGUGCCGGUUGGAUUGAAGAGCUUGGGCAGGCCAUUGCAGCGGCACAAGAUGGACCUACAGGUGGAAAGGCGCUAGACGAGUGCCUGAAAGCAUUCUCCAAGAGGUGUGACUCCCUGGACACCGGUUAUGGCUGGAACGUCGACGAUUCUAUACUGGAAGCUGCCUCGGAGAAAUGGGUCGUUGCGCAAACCACAGAGAUGCUGCACAUCCUGCAUCUCGCCCUGGUGCACGCAGAUUUGGUUGCCAAGGACUUCCUUCCUGCGGCUACUAUCGAAGACUGGCUCAAGGCCUUCAGCUUCCGCGGCUUUUUCCGCGAGUUUCCUGCAGUCACAGCUCGCCAGGAACCUCUCAUUCCAGUCAUACAACUGCUGACUUCCCUUAUGUCUUUGACUAUCUUGAAGGUAGACAAAAUCAUGGACGAUCUUGAGUCCGGCGACUGCAAUACAUGGGCCUCCUCAUCCUACAUUCUCAACACUGCUGUUGUAGAGAGCAUCACUACCAUAUUCGGAGAAGCCAAGCUGCUGGGUGCUAGCCCAGCUACACCACCGACAUUUGCCUGGGCAAUCCUUACCUGGAAGCUCACAAGUCGUGCGAGUUACGAGGAACAAGAGCGUGAUCGUCUGCUUGAAUCGUCAAAUAACACCGGAAACCCAGAACCUCAAACUUCCCCGCUUGAGGAGGCUGCUUUGGUCGUUGCCAGACUCGAAACCCAUGAGCUCUUCGAUGGCAAAAUGCCUUACGAGGAGCUUGCUAACGUCAGCUCAGCAGUGGGUGUCUUGGCUAUUGUCAACCAGUUGGUCCAAACCAGUUUGCCUGCAUUCGGAACACCGAUUGAUCAGAUAUCACAAGACAGGAUUCGUCUGCUAUUUCUUCAGCUUAUUCGCGCUGCUGUUGGUAGUGACAUUGUCGCGUACAGCCCGGACUUGAUAGUAACGACAUACACAAUUCUGACUGGCGACAACUCUUUCCGCAGAUGGGAGAACGGCGACAUAUCUCGCCAUGCUGACCCGAUUGUUGCGUAUUUCCUGGAAGAUGAAUAUGUCCUUCGACCACUGCUGCUCAAUGAAGCUCGGCUACGCUACCCCUACGAGAUGACACCUUUCCUGAAGUUCUGUAGCGCAUUGACCCGUGGCGACAAGACGAUGCAGAACGGCUUGCCUACAUUCAUCGAAAAGCUUGGAAACCACAAUCGACUUAUGCAACAACUUCCAGAUGGGUUUAGGGACUAUGCGUUGACGCGCGAGGAGGAGAACGCCAACUGGGUCGAACUCACGGGCAACCUUCCGCUUUUCUCGUCUGGAGUAUCUUCGAGCUUCCGUGGACAACGUCGAUUGCUGACCUCUGGCACUUCGACACAGUCUGAUGGACUAUCUGGAAUACCUGCCGGGACAGAAGGAAUCAUCGUUGAUGACAAUGCUUCCCCAUACGUGGCGGUUUGGCAUCAUCAGCACUCUACGUUGUCAUACUUAGUCGAACUUCUCUCCACAUACCCUGUAGGGAGCACCAAGGUUGAGACUGCCACGCAGCAGCCUGCCUCUCGCGAAAGUGUCAUCGAGAUCAUCGGACUCUUCGCUGAUUUGAUGCAUUCUUCUCUACAUGCUUCUGAGGGCGUUUGUUCGACUGAGCUCCUGGAGGCGAUUGGCAUCGGUGCUGAGGGCAGCCAGGAUACCGUCAAUCUCGUGCUCGCCAUCUUCGAGGAGGAGCUCCUGCACCUCUGCCAGGAGCCAAGCAACGAGGCGUGUUUAGAGCUGUUGGUCAACUGCACUCACUUCUUAGAGGCUUUGAUUAUUGUUUCUCCACACAGAGUAUGGCCCUGGCUCGCCAGGAGUAGAUUGCUCGAAGGCGACGGAAAUGGCAGCUUAGCGACUAUCCUCAUUGGCACUGAAAUGGUUCUAGGACGAUAUGACUUCCUUAUUGGCUGUAUCCGACUCUACAAGGGUCUCGUUAAAGAUGCAGUCGAGCGAUCAGUCUCGCGCAAAGUCCCAACGAGAGCACUCAGCCGCUUCAAUGCUGCUGCUCCUUCAGAAAGCGGAACCUCGGAUAAGAUCAUGAGCACAAUACUCUUUACAUUCGGUCGAACCCUUGCUAGCAUAUACGAGAACUCGUUGAACUGGAAAUAUUCUCAUCCCAACCAUCGGCCCGAGAUCAACAUCGCCAUCUGCGAAGUUUUCACGACGAUAUUAAACCUCGCGUACAGCGUAGACGACGAACCGAAACUAUCCGCUAAGCUCGCCAAAUCCAUCGCGCCUAUCGCCGAGUACAUCACGCAGCUAUACCUUACACAGGCUGGCGCAGAUCUUCCGACAAACCCGCUGAUGACCUCCCUGAUCACUGGGGUCAGUCCCAGCGACACCACGUUGCUCACGACUUCGAGUGCAUUGUGGAUGCUACAGACGCAGACUACUCUGGCUUUCGCUGACAUCCUUGUCCGGGUUGCCGUACUCUUGAACAAACCCUGGACACACUUGGAGCAACAACUCUUUAAAGCUACGCCAUUACUGGCACGACUGUACGCAACCAGUGACAAAUGGAAGUCGCAGGUCGUGCUGCUGUUGGAAGCUCUUGUUCGUGGUGCCGUCCGUGUCGCCGGACAAGAUGACUCAACGAUGACAGACGGAGACCUUAAGCAGUAUGUACGGAAACAGAUUGAGCAGCAAGAACCGCCCUCACUACUCGGUCAUCUCGGACCACGGACUGCGAAGAACUUCUUGAGCGUACUCUCGCAGCUCGAUGAGCCUUUACAAAUAGUGGAUAUUCAGACCAACGUCUGGAACUUGCUUUCAGCCGUAGUAACAUGCAAACAGCAGUGGUUCUCCUUAUAUCUGCUUACUGGUAGCACGCCUCGCGAGUCCAUUCGUUCCAAGAAAGACGCGACUCACGAUUCAAGGAACAAAGCCCUACUUACGCGAGCGCUCGACGCACUCUCAAGCAUGGCUCUACCAGACCAAGAAGCGGGUGGCCUUUCAUGGCCUUUAUACACCGCUAUGCUCGAGUUUGUCUCGUCAGCGCAAAACAAUUGGUCAUGGGCAAUGGGUGACCUCCGACAACGCAAAGAUCUGAUCCAGAAACUGCUCGCUUUCAUGAAGUGGAUGGCAAAGCAGCCCAAGCAACCGAAGAUGAGCAACAACAACGAGACCCUCGAACGCUCAUUCCAAAACAGGUUCGCAUCGUUAGCCUGCGAAGUCAUCGCCAUGUACCUGCACCACUCACGGCAAGUGGGCGAUAUCACCGUGCUCAAAGAUGUUGUGCCAAGCCUGACGUACUUGGAAGACACUGCUUUGGAUCUACCGUCCUACAGUACUUCCCUGCAUGGUUAUCUUAAGCAAAACCUGGAGAAACAAUACCCUGGUGUCACGCUAGGCAACAUCAAGCGAACCACACUGUACCCAGAGACCUUCGGGCGGGCAUUCUUCUACGACAUCGACCUUGCCCAGCGGCUUUUGGGAUUCAAUAGCAAGUGGACAGGUCCCAGAGAAGGCACUGGUUUCGCAGCUGAAGUUGAGAAAGCCAACUACAACCUCGGCCUGGUUGAAUCUCAGGUUCUACUACUUCAAGGCUGGAAGCUGCUGGCUCUGGAGUUGAGCCAAGUCGUAGCCAAGGACGAGCGUAUAGUCAAGGUACUCGUUGGCGUCAUCCACAAGUGCAUGGUCGCCAACGAACAAUCGAAUCUCCCGGAAGCAUUGUUUGGCCAGCUCAUGGUUCUGCGAGCAGAUCUGGCCUUUGCACUGUUGAAGAAGCUGGUUGAGGCAAAGGUACGAACGAAUGAGGCACGUCAAUUACUCGCUCCAGUGUGGAACGCGAUUCGUACCUCCACGCCUGACUUCGAGAACGUAUUCUCGACCGACGCGGUGCACUACUACCGAUCCUUGCUACGAAUCCUCUACCUUGCCCUUCACUUCCAUCUUAUCGAAGAUACAGAUACUUCCGAUGACGCAUCCUUCCGCUCUUCCUUCCGGGGCACUAUGCCUACAAGCCACAACAAAUACGCCGAGCCCAUCUCAACCCAGCUCCUUGAGAUUCUUUCCGACACGGUUGCAAAGGGCUUCCGCAGCCUUGCCAACCAACUUCACGCUGAACCUACAUCCGUCUCGCCAUCGGACUUUGCCCUUCUCACUGCACUCCUCCAACGCAUCAUUGCGAUACCAGAGAUGUCAAAGUGGCAACAACAGGCAGCUCUCCUCUUCGCCAACAGCAACACCGUGCGCUACGCCACCAGCCUCUUCUCAUGGGCUGACCGUCUAACGAUAUCCCACAAUGGCAUCGACGACCCCAUCUACGGUGAACUCAGCGUACUGUUUCUGCUCUCCCUGUCAAGCAUCCAGGCUUUGGCAGAAACCAUGGCUGUAGAAGGCAUACUCAGUCAACUCAACACCGCAAACAUCAUGAACUACUACCGUCGCGUCAACGGCAUGGGUCCUUUCGACAAUCCAUCACGCAUGUACAGUAUCUGGACAAAAGGCAUCCUACCGCUCUGCCUCAACCUUUUGCUUUCAGUCGGCCCGCCCAUUGCAGCGGAAAUCUCAUCUUUCUUGAACCAGUUCCCAGAACAACUCGCCCGCUCGGCUCUAAGCAUAAAUUCAAAUCCCUCGUCCCGCACCUCGGCUACCCAGAAGAUUACGCUUGCCGUCGCUUCGGAAGUGCACUCUUUGUCGCUCAUAUCCAGUAUUCUGGAAAACGUCCGCAAGCAAGGCCCUAAACUGGGUAUUCAGGCAAACGACGUCGCACUCCUAGACUGGGAUAAGGAGAACAUCAAGGAAGAUGUCGAGAGCUGGUUGAACCGUAAGAGCGCGCUGCGUGAACGCAUUGUAGCGAUCGAUGAGCGGGAGUUGGAGAUGCUGAGCAGCAGGAAGGGCCAGGGUGAGGAUGCGUUAAGUGAGCUUGAGAAGAGAGUGUUUGGCGAACUGGAAGACGCGGGAAAAUGCUUGGGUGUGGGUAACGGAAAUGGAAAUGGGAAUGGGAAGAAAUAGAUGAUGUGGUGGAACUGCUAGGAUGACAUUUGAAAAGCGCUGGAGUUUAGGAGCGUUUUUGGAUUAGUUGCGAGGUGCUAUGUGCUUGGACGUUAGAUCUUGUGGGUGGUAGUGUAUUUCUAAUGUAACUCUUUUGAC